GGUUUAGACCUUUCCUUUUCCAACCAACAUAAAACGCGGUCCAAAAAUCCCCGAUAAAUUGCCAUCUACUUUCGUUAGGGUUUCUCCAUAUCCAUCUUCAUUUUUUCCUCGUCAUCUAAUUUCUCUCAAAUUUCUCUCCCAAAUAUUGGAUCCAAUUGAAAUCCAAUUUUGAUUUCUUUUUUUAUAAUUAUUAUUAUUCGAUGUGAGAAUGCCGGCAACGGAUUAUCAAGGAAGUUCGGCAACGUUGACAAAUAUCGGCCGUUCGUUAUUAUCCCUGAGGAGGGAUCAAGUACACGUGAUGGAAUCACCGAAUGAUGGAUCGGCCUCGCACGAGGUGGAGCUCGAGUCGUUUCAGAGGCAAGUAGCUGACUGGUUUCACGAUUUAGCUUCUGUUCCUUCUGAUGAAUUGCUUUCUCUUUCGUGGGUUCGGAAAUUGCUCGACGUUUUCCUUUGUUGUCAAGAGGAGUUUCGGGUUAUACUUUUUAACCACAAAUAUCAAGUGAUGAGACCUCCCAUGGACCGUUUGAUUGCCGAUUAUUACGAGCGUACUGUUAAGGCGCUUGAUGUUUGUAACGCGAUUCGCGACGGAAUUGAACGGAUCAGGCAAUGGCAGAAGCUUCUAGAAAUCGUGCUUUGCGCUUUGGGUGAUAGUAAUGUUAAUAAUAAUACGACUAAUAAAGGUAAUAAUAAUUGUUAUCAGAGAACCCUAGGAGAAGGGCAAUUUCGUCGAGCAAAAAAGGCGUUGAUAGAUUUAGCAAUUGGGAUGCUUGACGAGAAAGAUUCCAGUCAAACCUUGGCUCAUAGGAAUCGUUCCUUUGGAAGAAACAAUAAUAGCAGCAGUCACUCCAAGGAUCAUCACCAUCGUUCAUUGGGUCAUUUCAGGUCGUUGUCUUGGAGCGUUUCGAGGUCUUGGUCUGCUGCUAGGCAGCUCCAGGCAAUUGGGAACAACUUGGCUGUGCCACGAGGGAAUGAGGUUGUGGCUACCAAUGGACUUGCAAUGCCUGUUUACACAAUGGGUUGUGUUUUGUUGUUUGUAAUGUGGGCAUUGGUGGCUGCAAUUCCGUGUCAGGAUCGUGGUUUGCAAGUUCAUUUUUAUGUGCCCAGGCAGUUUUCAUGGGCGGCUUCAAUACUUUCGUUGCACGAGAGGAUUAUGGAGGAGUCGAAGAAAAGGGAUAGGAAAAAUGCUUGUGGGUUGUUGAGGGAGAUUUAUCAGAUGGAGAGGUGUUCGCGGUUAUUGGGUGAAUUGGCUGAUUCUGUGCAGUUUCCGUUGAGCGGGGAGAAGGAAAGGGAGGUUCGGCAGAGAGUGAAGGAACUGGGGCAGGUUUGUGAUGCAAUGAAGGAAGGCUUAGAACCGCUGGAAAGGCAGGUUAGGGAGGUGUUUCAUAGGAUUGUUCGUAGCCGAACUGAAGGCCUUGACUCUUUGGGAAGGGGACACAAUCCUGAGUAAAAGUCUGUUGUUGGGUUGGGCUGAUUUAAACUGUAAGUGUCAAAUGUUUGGAACUUACAAAUGUGUUUUGAUUUUGGCUUUGAGGGAACUCUAGCAUCAUGAAGAACGAGAAGAGAAGAUGAAGAAGGAGAAGAAAUGAAGGAGGAGGAUUUAAGGUGUGCGCCACAAAAAAAAAAAAAAAAAAAAGAAAGGUAAAGAGGAAAACCAUAAAAGAUUUUCUUGUAUUUAUCACAAUAUAUCAAUGUAAAGGAAGUAGAAUAUGGAGUUGGACCUUUGGUCCUGGUGCUGAUGUCCAGCUUUGUGUUGUUAUUGUAUAAUCAAAUUUCUGAGUAAAUUUGCAUCUUGAUUCUGUAGUUGAUUUUGUGCUCAAAAUUUUGUCUACUUGUCAAUGGUAUAUUCUUUUUGUGCUUC